CCAGCAGACCACAGGAGGAGGAGGAGGGGAAGGAGGGAUGAUGAUGAAGAAGAGGAGGAAAAGGAGGAGGAAGGCACGGGAAAGCGGAGGAGGGAGGCGGGAGGAGAGUGGGGAGUACUCAGAGGAUGAGGACAUGUUUACCAUCGACAUGAGCACUGAUGAGGAGAGAGAGCACGACAACAACAGUAGCAGGUGAUUACAGCAAAUACAGUAUUUAAAUUAUUUGCCACAUGCGCCGAAUACAACAGGUGUAGACCUUACAGUGAAAUGCUUACUUACAAGCCCUUAACCAACAUUGCAGUUUUUAAGAAAAAAGUGUGUUAAGUAAAAAAUAGAUAAGUAAAAAAUAAAAAACAGCAAAUAAUUAAAGAGCAGCAGUAAAAUAAAAUAACAGUAGGGAGGCUAUAUACAGGGGGUACAGGUACAGAGUCAAUGUGCGGGGGCACCGGUUAGUCGAGGUAAUUGAGGUAAUAUGUACAUGUGGGUAGAGUUAAAGUGACUAUGCAUAAAUAAUAAACAGAGUAGCAGCAGCGUAAAAGAGGGGGCUGGGGUGGGGUGGGGUGGGGGGGGGUCAUUGCAAAUAGUCCGGGUAGCCAUGAUUAGCUGUUCAGGAGUCUUAUGGCUUGGGGGUAGAAGCUGUUAAGAAGCCUUUUGGACCUAGACUUGGCGCUCCGGUAUCGCUUGCCGUGCGGUAGCAGAGAGAACAGUCUAUGACUAGGGUGGCUGGAGUCUUUGACAAUUUUUAGGGCGUUCCUCAGACACCGCCUGGUAUAGAUGUCCUGGAAGGCAGGAAGCUUGGCCCCAGUGAUGUACUGGGCCGUACACACAACCCUCUGUAGUGCCUUGCGGUCGGAGGUCGAGCAAUUGCCAUACCAGGUGGUGAUGCAACCAGUCAGGAUGCUCUUGAUGGUGCAGCUGUAUAACUUUUUGAGGAUCUGAGGACCCAUGCCCAUGUCUCUUGAGGGGGAAUAGGCUUUGUCGUGCCCUCUUCACGACUGUCUUGGUGUAUUUGGACCAUGAUAGUUUGUUGGUGAUGUGGACACCAAGGAACUUGAAGCUCUCAACCUGUUCCACUACAGCCCCGUCGAUGAGAAUGGGGACGUGCUCAGUCCUCUUUUUUUUCCCUGUAGUCCACAAUCAUCUCCUUUGUCUUGAUCACGUUGAGGGAGUUGUUAUCCUGGCACCACACGGCCAGGUCUCUGACCUCCUCCCUACAGGCUGUCUCAUCGUUGUCGGUGAUCAGGCCUACCACUGUUGUGUCGUCGGCAAAUUUAAUGAUGGUGUUGGAGUCGUGCAUGGCCAUGCAGUCAUGGGUGAACAGGGAGUACAGGAGGGGACUGAGCACGCACCCCUGAGGGGCCCCCGUGUUGAGGAUCAGUGUGGCAGAUGUGUUGUUACCUACUCUUACCACCUGAGGGCGGCCCGUCAGGAAGUCCAGGAUCCAGUUGCAGAGGGAGGUGUUUAGUCCCAGGGUCCUUAGCUUAGUGAUGAGCUUUGAGGGCACUAUGGUGUUGAACGCUGAGCUGUAUUCAAUGAAUAGCAUUCUCACGUAGGUGUUCCUCUUGUCCAGGUGUGAAAGAGCAGUGUGGAGCACAGUAGAGAUUGCAUCAUCUGUGGAUCUGUUGGGGCGGUAUGCAAAUUGGAGUGGGUCUUGGGUUUCUGGGAUAAUGGUGUUUAUGUGAGCCAUGACCAGCCUUUCAAGCACUUCAUGGCUACAGACGUGAGUGCUACGGGUCGGUAGUCAUUUAGGCAGGUUAUCUUAGUGUUCUUGGGCACAGGGACUAUGGUGGUCUGCUUGAAACAUGUUGGUAUUACAGACUCAGUCAGGGACAUGUUGAAAAUGUCAGUGAAGACACUUGCCAGUUGGUCAGCGCAUGCUCGGAGUAUACAUCCUGGUAAUCCGUCUGGCCCUGCAGCCUUGUGAAUGUUGACCUGCUUAAGUCUUACUCACAUCGGCUACGGAGAGCGUGAUCACAUAGUCAUCCGGAACAGCUGAUGCUCUCAUGCAUGCUUCAGUGUUGCUUGCCUCGAAGCGAGCAUAGAAGUGAUUUAGCUCGUCUGGUAGGCUUGUGUCACUGGACAGGUCGUGGCUGUGCUUCCCUUUGUAGUCUGUAAUAGUUUUCAAGCCCUGCCACAUCCAAUGAGCGUCAGAGCCGGUGUAGUAUGAUUCAAUCUUAGUCCUGUAUUGACUCUUUGCCUGUUUGAUGUUUAGUCGGAAGGCAUAGCAGGAUUUCUUAUAAGCGUCCGGGUUAGAGUCCCGCUCCUUGAAAGCGGCAGCUCUACCCUUUAGCUCAGUGCGGAUGUUGCCUGUAAUCCAUGGCUUCUGGUUGGGGUAGGUACGUACGGUCACUGUGGGGACGACGUCAUCGAUGCACUUAUUGAUGAAGCCAGUGACUGAUGUGGUGUACUCCUCAAAGCUAUUGGAAGAAUCCCGGAACAUAUUCCAGUCUGUGCUAGCAAAACAGUCCUGUAGCUUAGCAUCUUCGUCAUCUGACCACUUCCUUAUUAACCGAGUCACUGGUGCUUCCUGCUUUAGUUUUUGCUUAUAAGCAGGAAUCAGGAAGAUAGAGUUAUGGUCAGAUUUGCCAAAUGGAGGGCGAGGGAGAGCUUUGUAUGCGUCUCUGUGUGUGGAGUAAAGGUGGUCUAGAGUUUUUUUUCCUCUGGUUGCACAUUUAACAUGCUGGUAGAAAUUAGGUAGAAUGGAUUUAAGUUUCCCUGCAUUAAAGUUCCCAGCCACUAGGAUGAGCGUUUUCCUGUUUACUUAUGGCCUUAUACAGCUCAUUGAGUGCAAUCUUAGUGCCAGCAUCGGUUUGUGGUGGUAAAUAGACAGCUACGAAAACUAUAGAUGAAAACUCUCUUGGUAAAUAGUGUGGUCUACAGCUUAUCAUGAGAUAGGCGAGCAAAACCUCGAGACUUCCUUAGUAUUAGAUUUUAUGCACCAGCUGUUGUUUACAAAUAUACACAGACCGCCAUCCCUUGUCUUACCGGAGUCAGCCGUUCUAUCCUGCCGAUGUAGCAUAUAUCCCGCCAGCUGUAUGUUAUCUAUGUCGUCGUUCAGCCACGACUCGGUGAAACAUAAGAUAUUACAGUUUUUAAUGUCCCGUUGGUAGGAUAACCUUGAUCUUAGGUCGUCCAAUUUGUUUUCAAAUGAUUGAACAUUGGCUAAUAGGAUUGAUGGAAGAGGCAGUUUACUCACUCGCCGUCGGAUCCUUACAAGGCACCCCGACCUACGUCCACGAUAUCUCCGUCUCUUUCUCAUGCGAAUGACGGGGAUAUGGGCCUUGUCGGGUGUCUGUAGAAUAUCCUUCACGUCCGACUCGUUGAAGAAAAAAUCUUUGUCUAAUACGAGGUGAGUAAUCGCUGCCCUGAUAUCCAGAAGCUCUUUUUGGUCAUAAGAGACGGUGGCAGAAACAUUAUGUACAGAAUAAAUUACAAAUAACGUGAAAAAACAAACAUAAUAGUACAAUUGGUUAGAGGGCUGUAAAACGGCAGCCAUCUUCUCCGGCUGUGCGUGUUUGUGUGUGUGUGUGUGUGGGACUUCCUGUGAAGUUCUGAGAAUGCUCAUUGGAAAACAGACAGGGUCACGUUUGGGCUGUUUGGAUCGGUCUGCCAGUAUUGUAGGGGGAGGGUUGUUUAUGCGACCCACAGCUGUCUGUCAGCAGCUACUGACUGCAGUAAAGUGGUUGUGUGGGGAGGAGAGAGAAGAUUACACUGUCUUGUUGAGGUAAGCUCAGUUUGGUCUUUCUGGGAUCCUGCAUGUAUGUGUUUGGUGGAGGAAAUGACCCCUCUGAGAUGUGGUUGAUAGGAACGUGCACAUGUGUGUGUGUUUGCGUGCAUGUGCGUGAGAGAGAGAGAGAAACUCUGGUUAAGAGCCAGAAUAGCUUUGCUCCACUGCAGAGGUAAAAAAGCCUGAUCAGCAUCACAAAGGUUUCUACGAAACACAUGAACCACUGCCAGCUCCUCUCUGUGUGGGACCCAGCAGGGAGGGGCAGACUCUGUUCUCAGGCGUUCCAUGCAGGUCUGAGACAAACAAACACACAUACACACACAUACAAACACACACACACACACACACAAAAUCACUUCACAACAAAAUCACUUCACAAACAGCCCCUGUCCCUGAGUAGUAAACCAACAGUGUGUAUAGUAGUCAGUCACUCAGUCUGUUAGUCUGUCCCUGUGCUGGUUGGGUGCUGGCUGAGACUGAGACUAGAUAAACAAGCCUGAAGUGGCCAGUGUCUGUCUUUUGUGAACCCAAUUCUCUGUGUUCUGUGUUCUGUGUGUUUGUGUGUGUGUGUGUGUGUGUGUGUUCAGGCUCUGUGAAUGCCAGCUCUGUGUCCCACGUGUUGGAGACGCUCCAGUGCCUCGUUCUUUUCCCACAAUGCACUCUGUCUCUGUGGAGUAAUGACCGUGGUGAACGGGGCCUCUCUCAGUCAAACCCCCCUAAUUCUCUCUCAUUCAUCUGAUGUGUGUGUGUGUUUUUGGUUUUACUAUCCUUGUGGGGAUCAGAAAUCAAUUCAGACAGUUGGGACAUUUCGCUGGUCCACACAAGGAAAAAGGCUAUUUUCAGCUUAGGGGUUAGGUUUAGGGUUAGGGUUACAAUUAGGGUUAGAAUUAGGUUUAGGGGUUAGGCUUAGGUUUAGGGUUAGGAUUAAGGGUUUUAGCGAAAAUAUGAUUUUGUAUGGGAAUCAAUUGUUUGGUCCCCACAAGGAUAGUAAAACAAACGUGUGUGUUAAUUGGUUUUGGUUUAUUGGUUUAUUGGGAUCCCCAUUAGCUCUGGCCAAAGCAGCAGCUAUUCUUCCUGGGGUCCAAAAAAAAACAUAAAACACGACAAGUAACAAAGCACUGGUACACUGAUAGACAAGAACAGUCACACAAAUGUAAAAUGCAAUGAUAUGCAAGCAAUACAACAAAAAAAUAAUGUGUGUGUAGAUUGUGUGUGUUAGAGUGUGUUUUUUUAAGGUAAUUUUACUUUGCUUGAGUAAUUGGAGUUCUAAGGGAAUUCCGUGCGAUCAUGGCUCUGUAUAAUACUGUGUGUUUCCUGUGAAUUCGUUUUGGACUUGGGGACUGUGAAGAGACCCCUGGUGGCAUGUCUAGUGGGGUAUGUAUGGGUGUCUGAGAUGUAUGUUAUUUGAUUAUGCAGACAACCUGGAAUUUUCAUCACAGUAAUAUUUCUCAUAAAAACUAGAAGAGAAGCAGAUAAUCUCUCGGCAACCCUCAACAAGGAAAGACUGGCAUGCAUGUUGUUGAUUUUAGUUAUGUAUGUAGUUAAAGGCAUGCUGCUCUGUUUUGAGCCAGCUGCAGUUUUGCUAGAUCUUUCUUUGCUGCACUUCACCAUAUUACCAGACAGUAAUCAAGACGGGACAAGACCCUGAACAACUAGUACAGUUGAUUUUUGUGUCAAAAACAUAUUUUUAUAACAGACAUACCCUUCCCCAUCUUCACAGUAACUUGGUCAAUAUGACUUGACCAUGAUAACUGAUCAUCCAAUGUUAUACCUAGGAGUUUAACUUCCACAACUUGCUCAAUGGUCACACACCUUAUGCACAACUCCAGUUGAGGUUUAGGUCUUUGAGACUAUUUUGAACCAAAUACUUUCCUACCAUUUCUUUUAACCAAUCAUCAGUCAUCUGAGUCAGUGCAGUACAAGUUGAGUGCCCUUCUCUAUAUGCAUGCUGAAAGUCAGCCGUUAACGUGUUCUCUGAAAAAGAGCAUUGUAUUUGGCCAAACACAAUUCUCUCCAUCAGUUUACUAAGAACAGGCAGCAAACUGAUUGGGCGGCUGUUAGAGCCAGCGAGGGGUGCAUUACUAUUUUUAGGCAGUGGAAUUACUUUAGCUUCCUUGCACGCCUGUGGACACACACACUCCUUUAGGCUUUGGUUAAAGAUAUAGCAAAGGGGGUGGCAAUAUAGUCUGCUACCAUUCUCAAUAGUUUCCCAUCAAGGUUGUCAAUACCAGGUGGCUCGUCAUUAUUGAUGGAUAACAAUUGUUUUUCCACCUCUCCCACACUAACUUGACCAAAUUCAAAACAGUAAUCCUUCUCUUUCAUUAUUAGAUAUUUUAUACAAAAUAAUGAUGGUUCACUGUUCAAUGUUGUCAUUUCACUUCAGAGUUUUUCCACUUUACUAGUGAAAUAGUCAUUGAAAUGAUUGGUAAUAUUGAAAGGUUUUGUUAUAAAUGACUCAUCAACUUCAAUGAACGAGAUGAAUUAGGUUUUCUGCUCAUGAUAUCAUUUAAGGUACUCCAAAGUAUUUUUACAUUGUGUUUUUUGUCAUUUAUGUUGGUUUGGUAAUAUACAGUGCUUUCGGAAAGUUUUCAGAACCCUUCCUUUUUUCCACAUUUUGUUCACGUUACAGCCUUAUUCUAAAAUGGAUUACAUAUAUAUAUAUUUUUUGCAAUUUACACACAAUACCCCAUAAUGACAAAGUCAAAACAGGUUUUUAGAAAUGUUUGCAUUUUUAUUAAAUAUAAAAAACACAAAUAUCUUAUUUACAUAAGUAUUCAGACCCUUUGCUAUGAGACUCGAAAUUGAGCUCAGGUGCGUCCUGUUUCGACUGAUGGUCCUUGAGAUGUUUCUACAACUUGUUUGGAGUCCAACUGUGGUAGAUUCAAUAUAUAAGGUCCCACAGUUGACAGUGCAUGUCAGAGCAAAAACCAAGCCGUGAGGUCGAAGGAAUUGUUCGUAGAGCUCUGAGACAGGAUUGUGUCGAGGCACAAUAUAGCUGUGCAGCGACGCUCCCCAUCCAACCUGACAGAGCUUGAGAGGAUCUGCAGAGAAUAAUGGGAGAAACUCCCCAAAUACAGGUGUGCCAAGCUUGUAGUGUCAUACCCAAGAAGACUCGAGACUGUAAUCACUGCCAAAGGUGCUUCAACAAAGUACUGAGUAAAGGGUCUGAAUACUUAUGUAAAUGUGGUGAUUCCGUUUAAAAAAAAAUACAUUUUCAAACAUUUCUUAAAAACCUGUUUUUGCUUUGUCAUUGUGGGGUAUUGUGUGUAGAUUGGUGAGGGGGAAAAAGCAAUUUAAUCAAUAUUAGAAUAGGGCUGUAAUGUAAUAAAAUGUGGAAAAUGUGAAGGGGUCUGAAUACUUUCCAAAUGCACUGUAAUUUCUUCUUCUUUUUGUUAAGUUUAGUCACAACAUUUCUCAAUUUACAGUAUACAAUCAGCUGAGCAGCCUGACUUGUUUGCCAACUCUUUUGCAUCAUUUACAAUACAAUUUUUCAAUUCAUCAUCAAUCCAGGGGGCUCCAGCAGUUCUCACAGUUAGUUUCUUAACAAGUGUGUGCUUGUCAACAAUUGGCAUUAAUAAUUGUACAAAUAACGGGAACUGGAUUCACUUCCUCAUACACAUCAGACCAACAUACAUCUUUUACAUCUUCAGCAAAAGAGGCCUGAGAAAAUGUUUUGUAUGAUAUCUCUGUGUGUGUGUCUGUGCGCCUGUGUGUGUGCAUGUGUGUUGUUGUUAACGUCUCUCUCUCUCUCUCUCUCUCUCUCUCUCUCUCUCUCUCUCUCUCUCUCUCUCUCUCUCUCUCUCUCUCUCUCUCUCUCUCGCUCUCUCGCUCUCUCUCUGUUUCUCUCUCGCUCUCUCUCUCUCUCUCUCUCUGUGUCUCUCUCUGUCUCACUCUCUCUCUCUCUCUCUCUCUGUCUCUCUGUCGCUGUCUCUCUCUUGUCUCAGGGUCUCUUCUCGGGAGCUCAAUGGAGAGCAGGGACCUAAGGCCAGUGUGUUGAGCAGCACCUACACCCAGAACACAACAUACACACACGCCGACGCAGACUGGGCACGCUCGCAGAGGUACAUAAAUAUGACCCAACACACACACACAGACACACACACACACACCAGACAUGACUAGAAUAGAAUAAUAUACAGUUUGGUUCGACUCAUCUUGUCGUAUGCCUUUGUAGAUAAAAAUAACUGCGUAUGGCUGACAGUUGUUCUCUCUUUAUGUCUGUGUCUCCCUCCCCCUGCUUUCUCUCUCCCUCCAGUGCUAUAUUAGAGCAGACACAUACUCUGUCUAUCCCUCCUAGUGGUGGUCUGUCCAUCUCCUGUCCACAGCAGACUUCUGUCUUUCCUUCUCCUAUCAGGUAAGUCAUGUCACCAUCCAAUCUCACUCAUCAGUAUAGAUUCAUUAAGCCUUAAAAGUUAUCCUUCGUUUCAUUUCGGACCAACUACAUAUUGUCUACAAUUAUGGGACAGAAACCAGCAGAGAUUUACCACUGGGCACAGUUCAACGUUUAGUUUUGAUUUACAUUUGUUUGAGUUGUUAACUAAUGUGAAAUCAACCAAAAAUAUAACCCUGUCAUUGGAUUUAGGUUAAAAGCUAGGUGACAAAAAUAUGAAAUUCUCUUACGUUGAUGACUUUUUGCAAAUCCAAUCAGUUUUCCACGUUAAUUCAACAUCAUCACAUUUGGUUGAAAUGAUGUGGAAACAAUAUUGAUUCAACCAAGUUUUUUCCCAGUGUGUUUGUACUGUAUUGUUUAUGUCCAUGAGUCAGGGUAGUGCUGGCUCAACCAAUCACAUCUCUCUGUGUGUCUGUUACUCAGCAGCCCCGGUGGCUCCCGCCCCUCCACUCCAAAGAGUGACUCGGAGCUGACCAAUCAGAGCAAAGACAACCCUGAGAUUCUGUGGGCCUGGGGGGAGCUGCCACAAGCUGCCAAGGUACAGAGGGCGGGAGGGAGGGAGAUUCAGAGAGACAGAACAGGAAUGAAGGGACACAAAGAGGGAGGGACAGUAUGUCUAGCUGUAGUCCACACAGUGAUCCAGGAAUCAGGACUGAUGUUGGCAGAGGAACUUUAAUCACUUUAAUCAUCUUCCAUGAGGGCAGCUGAGGACAUGCUAAUACCCUAGCGCUCACGCUAACCACACAUCCUCUAUCUCUCCUCUCUCUGCCUGUCUCUUCUUCUCUCCUCUCGACACCCAAACUCCUGCGUCCUUGAUCUAGCAUGCUUUCUUUCUUUCUUUUUCCUUUCUCUCUCCUCUCUCUUUCCCUCUCUCUACCUCUAGCCCUCCUACCUCCCUCCAUCCCAGAUGCAAGAUUCUGGGAUGAAGUCCCCUGUCUCCAUCCCUGUGUGUGAGAGCACACACUUCAGGACCAUCCCCGGAGACUGUGGCCCCCCUGGCCAGACCCAGAGCCACCCAGACAAUGGCCCCCCAUCCCUCACCCCUUACAUGCCCCAGCCUGGGAACAACACGGCUGGGCCCGGGGCUGGGGGGGACAUGGAGGUAGUAGGGGCAGCCUGUAGAGAGGUGGAGGGGCUGAUGGCCUCUAGGUUGCUGUCAGAACUGGAUGAGGGGGGCCAGAGGGGCAGCCCAGUCAGACGUACAGACUCCCCAUCCAAGAGGAAAGGUACGCAACUCACAAGUCUUUUGGAACCAUUACCUGCGAGCAGAAUACAGACGGAGUACAAACGAAUAUACAAGUCAGUUUAGAUUGCAGAAUUUGAAUUUAAACUGUCACUAAACAUGCAUUCACAUCUGUAGAUAUGAAUGCCUCCAUCAUUAGCUACAUGUCAAGUUAAUGAAUGAAAAUGCCAUGUCAAUCAUUGUAUCCAUGGUAACUUGUGACGCUGUACCUGCAGACAAGAGGAGCCACCACCUGGGCUCUGAUGGAAUCUACCUGGAUGACAUCACUGAGUUGGAGCCAGAGGUGGCUGCUCUGUACUUCCCUAAAAGGUAACACAGCCCUCUAACACACACACACACCUGUAACACACACGCACUUACAAACAAACACAAACACACCUAUUCUGUCCUACACAUACACUCAUCCUCCACUCCUGACCCUAUGACCCUGUUCCUUAGUGACGGUUCAGUGAGAGGGGGCUCGGAGACAGGGGUGCGGAGCGCCAACCAAUCCCCUCAGUCGGUGGGCAGCAGUGGGAUGGACAGCGGUGUGGACAGCUACUCUGACCAGCUGGGAGACAUGCCCAACAUCGCCAUUUCCCUGUGUGGAGGUCUCACUGACAACAGAGAGAUCACAAACGGUACUGGCCAUUAAACACAUGGGCUGCAUCUCAAUACUGUGGGGUUGACUUCCUGGUAUAACUGGAUAGGUGCAAAUUGUAGCUCCAUCUACUUGCUGCCAUAUUGUUUUCACCUAUCCAGCCCUCUCAGAUCCACUAAUUGGUGUGAGAUCUAUAGAACAGUUAUAUUAACCCUCUCCUGUCUGUGUGUCCUAUAGAACACCUCCUUUAACCCUCUCCUGUCUGUGUCUCCUACAGAACAGUUCCAGGAGAGAGCCAUCUCUUACCAGCAGUUCACUGAAAACCCCUCCAUCAUCGACGAUCCCAACCUGGUGGUCAAGAUAGGAACCAAGUACGUAAAAUACCGUCCUCCUCCAUAUAUCAUUGAAUGUGACCUAUCCACUAGCCAAAAUCCAGAUGCUGAUCACAUCCCUGAUAGGAAAAGUAUGUUUGUACUGUAUACCCUUUGUGCACUGUAAAAAUACAGUACUACUGAUAAGAAAUUAACUGCAGACACUAAAGAUACAACAGUGAUCUUAUGUUUGUGUCUUUUCUCCUCCAGGUACUACAACUGGACCACCGCAGCCCCUCUCAUGCUGGCUAUGCAGGUGUAUCAGAAGCCCCUGCCAAUGGUAAGACCUCCAUAACAUUAGCAAUAUGCUAUUAGCAUAGCAUCUAGCCUACUCGGCUUGGUGAUGAGAUUGUGUGCUAAUGUCAAAUAGUGUACUACAUUUGGCUACCUGAGUGGUUUUACCUGAGAGGUUUAAAACACUAAUCAUAUUGCAAUGUAAAGUGAGAAGUCCAAUUGUAACCCAUCUAGCUAAAUCUGGUUCUGCGUCUGGCUUUGCGUGUUUUGUUUUUGUCUGAAUUCUUAUGUCCUCUGUGUCGUUUGGACUUCCUGUACACUGAAAUGCGUACUCCUAAACCACGUCUCCUCCUAACACUUGAGUCUUUCUUCCCUCCUUGUUGGUCCCUUUUUUAAUUUGUUCUCCCUCCAUCUCACCUCCCAUUUGGCCCUGUCUUGUGUGUCUUCAGCACUCCUGCCUGAGUUAUGUGUACUCUGCCUUUGGCCUCUUCUCCUACUGUUUACCCAGUCUGUUCGGCUCCAGCCCCGUGGGUCCCUUUGGUUUCAGCUGUCUGUCUGUCUGUCUGUCUGUCUGUCUGUCUGUCUGUCUGUCUGUCUGUCUGUCUGUCUGUCUGUCUGUUGGGUAUAGCAUGUCUGUCUGUCUGUUGGGUAUAGCAUGUCUGUCUGUCUGUCUCUCUUAGUGUGUUAUUCCUCUACUUCUCUCUCUUCUUUCUCUCCCAGUCUCUGUGUCUACCUCCCUUAGUUGCUACCUCUCUUCCUUAGAUCACCAUCAUCCAGUCAUACGACACACUUUCUUCAAGUUUUUGCUUUUGGGUUUUUGUAUCUCUGUGUUUUUGCGUUUGAGUGGUUUUGUUGAGUUGGGGCUUUGGUCAGGAACUGUGUGCAUUUGCUUCAGGCCACGGUGGAGAACAUCAUGAAGGAGAAGAUGCCCAAGAAAGGAGGCCGCUGGUGGUUCUCAUGGCGUAGCAGGAACAGCAACUCCAAAUCGGUACACACACACACACCUCUGUAACACACACACCUCCUUAACAUACACACCUAUAUAACACACACACCUGUGUAACACACACACACCUUUUUUUAGUUUAUUUUAUUUUUUAUUUUACCUUUAUUUAACUAGGCAAGUCAGUUAAGAACAAAUUCUUAUUUACAAUGACGGCCUACACCGGCCAAACACGGACGACUGUAUGGGACUCCCAAUCACGGCCGGUUGUGAUACAGCCUGGAAUCGAACCAGGGGGUCUGUAGUGACGCUUUAAGCACUGAGAUGCAGUGCCUUAGACCGCUGCGCCACUCACACACACCUCUAUAACACACACACCUCUAUAACACACACACCUCUAUAACACACACCUUUAUAACACACACCUCUAUAACACACACACCUCUAUAACACACACAUACCUCCUGAACACACUUCCAUAACAUAACCAUUUGGGAACCUUUGCAGAAGUUACAAUGCUGGAGACCACCUGCCUAUUUGACUAAUGGAAUGGGGUAUUAUAUGCGUUAGUGUUUCCUGGUUGUUGUAUGAGUGUGUGACUGGUUGUCUGUCCCCAGGACUCAGUGUCUGAGACAGGAGUUGGAGACGGGGGAGAGACCUCUCUCAGCAUGGCUUCAGUCAUUGGGUAAUGACACUUCUCUAACACUAGAACAGUUUACAAUGUAUGUGCAAUAUGAAUUAACUAUGUUGAAUACACAUUUAUAUACCUUUGUUUACAUAUCCUCUUAUAAAUUACACAGAAAGGGGUGGUUUAAUGGACACAUAUUAAGCCUAAUCCUGGACUAAAAAGCAUUUUCAAUGGAGAUUUCUUAAUUAAGUUUACUUUUUAGUCCAGGACUAAAUAUAGUCUAUAAACCGCCCGAAGAGGUUUAUAGACUAUAUAUAUAUAUAUAUAAUUUUUUUGUUUGUUUGUUGUAUUUUACCUUCUUCUUCUCCCCAAUUUCAAUCUUGUCUCAUCGCUGCAACUCCCCAACGAGCUCGGGAGGCGAAGGUCGAGUCAUGCAUCCUCUCCAAAACAUGACCCGCCAAACCGCGCUUCUUAACACCCGCCGCCUUAACCCGGAAGCCAGCCGCACCUACGUGUCGGAGGAAACACUGUUCAACUGACGACCAAGGUCAGCCUGCAGGCGCCCGGCUCGCCACAAGGAGUCGCUAGAGCGUGAUGAGCCAAGUAAAGCACCCCCGGCCAAACCCUCCCCUAACCCGGACAACACUGGGCCAAUUGUGCGCUGCCCUAUGGGACUCACGAUCACGGCCAGUUGUGAUACAGUCCGGGAUCGAACCCGGGUCUGUAGUGACGCCUCUGCGAUGCAGUGCCUUAGACCGCUGCGCCACUCGGGAGGCCACCUAUAGACUAUAUUUUAUUAAUAAAUUGUUAUAUAGUCAGAUAUGUAUUUAUAGCUGAACUGAUGUUGUAACUGUUGUUGCAACACAGAAUGAAGGAGGAGUCUUCCUCCAGCGAUGAGGAACACAGAUCCAAUCAGGGCUCAGAAUCCUGCCAGGCCGAGCCUCUUCUCACACCUGGUAGUGUCUUCUACAGGAAGACCCUCAGACUGAACCCAGAGCAGCUGGUGAGACUCAACACUGUUCCCCUAACCUCUGUUAAGCUAACUUCUGAUCUCAGAACUGCUGGUGAGAAACACAAUACUUCUCACCUCUUUUGAUGCGGCGACGUUGAACUGUGUAUUCUCAGGCCAGUCUUCAGUUGAACCAAUCAGUAGCAGGGUUAGAGUUAGUAGAGGCUGUAUGGGUAAUGUAGUCUUUCUGCCCUCAGGCAAGUCUGCAGUUAAACCACUCAGUAACAAGGUUAUGCUGCAUUCAAUAAAAUUUGGAACUCUGAAAAAAAUUAGCUCCGACUUAAAAAAAUCUAUUUGAACGGUCAUCAAAGUUGGUAUUACAAGUAGGAAACUCUGGCAUCAUCCUAGAGCUCCGACUUCUCCGACCUAAAGAUCCAACAAAAAACAUGGCGGCCUUCAUUGUUUACAUAAAAAUAUGUAUUCUCACCUUAAGCAUUUCCUAUCUUCUUUAAACAGUUUAGCAAGAAGCAUUUAGCAUCUCUGCAGGUGUUUUUGAUUCCUUCAGGCGUCCAUGUUUUUGUUGACAGCUUGAGCGCACUGAAGUGGGAGGUCGAAGACUUCCUAGUCAGGAUCGCCGAGUUUGCCGACUUGUCUUGAACGCACCAUUAGUUAGUAGAGGCUGUUUGGGUAAUGUAGUCUUUCUGUCCUCAGGCCAGUCUUCAGUUGAAGGAGGGUCCUAAUGAGGUGGUGUUCAGUGUGACCACUCAGUACCAGGGCACCUGUCGCUGCCAGGGCACCAUCUACCUCUGGAGCUGGGACGACAAGAUCGUAAUCUCAGACAUCGAUGGCACCAUCACCAGGUAAGUGUGUGUGUGUGUACGUGUGUGCGUGCAUGAGUUUGUAUUGCCAGUUGUAUGUGAUCAUGUUAUAUCUGUUAAUGGUGUGUGUGUGUGUGUGUGUGUGUGUGUGUGUGUGUGUGUGUGUGUGUGUGUGUGUGUGUGUGUGUGUGUGUGUGUGUGUGUGUGUCCUCUCUUGCAGAUCUGACACCUUGGGCCACAUCCUGCCAACGCUGGGUAAAGACUGGACCCACCAGGGUAUUGCCCGCCUCUACCACCGAGUCAGCCAGUGAGUCUCCCACACACAGUUGAAGUCGGAAGUUUACAUACACGUUAGCCAAAUACAUUUAUACUCAGUUUUUCACAAUUCCUGACAUUUAAUCCUAGUAAAAAUUCCCUGUCUUAGGUCAGUUAGGAUCACCACUUUAUUUUAAGAAUGUGAAAUGUCAGAAUAAUAGUAGAGAGAAUGAUUUAUUUCAGCUUUUAUUUAUUUCAUCACAUUCCCAGUGGGUCAGAAGUUUACAUACACUCAAUUAGUAUUUGGUAGCAUUGCCUUUAAAUUGUUUAACUUGUGUCAAACGUGUCGGGUAGCCUUCCACAAGCUUCCCACAAUAAGUUGGGUGAAUUUUGGCCCAUUCCUCCUGACAGAGCUGGUAUAACUGAGUCAGGUUUCUAGGCCUCCUUGCUUGCACACGCUUUUUCAGUUCUGCCCACACAUUUUCUAUAGGAUUGAGGUCAGGGCUUUGUGAUGGCCACUCCAAUACCUUGACUUUGUUGUCCUUAAGCCAUUUUGCCACAACUCUGGAAGUAUGCUUGGGGUCAUUGUCCAUUUGGAAGACCCAUUUGCGACCAAGCUUUAACUUCCUGACUGAUGUCUUGAGAUGUUGCUUCAAUAUAUCCACAUACAUUUCCUUCCUCAUGAUGCCAUCUAUUUUGUGAAGUGCACCAGUCCCUCCUACAGCAAAGCACUCCCACAGCAUGAUGCUGCCACCCCCGUGCUUCACGGUUGGGAUGGUGUUCUUCGGCUUGCAAGUGACCCCCUUUUUCCUCCAAACAUAACGAUGGUCAUUAUGGCCAAACAGUUCUAUUUUUGUUUCAUCAGACCAGAGGACAUUUCUCCAAAAAGUACGGUCUUUGUCCCCAUGUGCAAACCGUAGUCUGGCUUUUUUAUGGUGGUUUUGGAGCAGUGGCUUCUUCCUUGCUGAGCGUCCUUUCAGGUUAUGUCUAUAUAGGACUAUUUUUUCGGUGGAUAUAGAUACUUUUGUACCUUACAUGUUUCCUCCAGCAUCUUCACAAGGUCCUUUGCUGUUGUUCUGGGAUUGAUUUGCACUUUCACACCAAAGUACGUUCAUCUCUAGGAGACAGAACGCAUCUCCUUCCUGAGCGGUAUGACGACUCCGUGGUCCCAUGGUGUUUAUACUUGCGUACUAUUGUUUGUACAGAUGAACGUGGUACCUUCAGGCGUUUGAAAAUUGCUCCCAAGAUGAACCAGACUUGUGGAGGUCUACCAUUUUUUUCUGAGGUCUUGGCUGAUUUCUUUUGAUUUUCCCAUGAUGUCAAGCAAAGAGGCACUGAGUUUGAAGGUAGGCCUUGAAAUACAUCCACAGGUACACCUCCAAUUGACUCAAAUGAUGUAAAUUAGCCUAUCAGAAGCUUCUAAAGCCAUGACAUCAUUUUCUGGAAUUUUCCAAGCUGUUUAAAGGCACAGUCAACUUAGUGUAUGUAAACUUCUGACCCACUGGAAUUGUGAUACAGUGAAUUAUAAGUGAAAUAAUCUGUCUGUAAACAAUUGUUGGAUAAAUUACUUGUGUCAUGCACAAAGUAGAUGUCCUAACCGACUUGCGAAAACUAUAGUUUGUUAACACGAAAUUUGUGGAGUGGUUGAAAAACGAGUUUUAAUGACUCCAACCUAAGUGUAUGUAAACUUCCGACUUCAACUGUAACUAUAGAUGGGUGUUAGAGUAAUGAAACAGGGGUCACAUUCAGAAUAUGGCUCAAUGUAAGAUGAAUGAAUCAUGUCAGCUUUAUUCAUGGUGUUUGGCUUAGCACGUUGCAGCAUCAUGAAGGAAGCCAUGUCCCUGACGCUCGUUAGUUGAACUCCUGUCCCCUCCCUCUCUAGUAGGAAUUACUAAGAGAGUAGAAAAAUGUCAUCUCUCUCUCUCUCUCUCUCUCUCUCUCUCUCUCUCUCUCUCUCUCUCUCUCUCUCUCUCUCUCUCUCUCUCUCUCUCUCUCUCUCUCUCUCUCUCUCUCUCUCUCUCUCUCUCUCUCUCUCUCUCUCUCUCUCUCUCUCUCAGGAAUGGUUAUAAGUUUAUGUACUGCUCUGCAAGGGCCAUAGGUAUGGCUGAUAUGACGAGGGGGUAUCUUCACUGGGUCAAUGAGAGAGGAACCAUGCUGCCUAUAGGACCUGUCCUACUCAGCCCCAGCAGCCUGUUCUCAGCCCUGCACAGGUGAGGAACACACACACACACACAUCAUCAAAAUAAACACAGCAGAAGUGUCAAACACAAUAGAGAACAAUGUACAGUACAUUUUAGCAGACGCUCUUAUCCACAGCAUACAUUUUCAUACUGGUCCCCCAUGGGGAUUAAACCCACAACCCUGACGUUGCAAGCACCAUGCUAAACCAAUUGAGCCCCACGGGACCACAAUAGCUUAUAUAGUAGAGAUAUCCCUAUAUUGUAUAAUGAUCAUUCUGACCUUCCUGUCCUGUCGUCCUUCCUGUCCUGUCCUGUCCUGACCUGUCGUUCUGUCCUUCCUGUCCUGACCUGUCAUCCUGUCCUGGCCUGUCGUCCUGGCAUGUAUUGUCCUGUCAUCCUGUCUUUCCUGCCCUAUCAUUCCUGUCCUGUCUUGUCUUGUCCUGUCAUGUAGGGAGGUGAUAGAGAAGAAGCCUGAGAGGUUUAAGAUUGAGUGUCUGACCGACAUCAAGCAGCUGUUCUACCCUAACACUGAGCCUUUCUACGCAGCCUUCGGCAACAGAGCCACGGUGAGAGCCCUGCUCCCUCCAACACUGUACACAUUAACUUUGGCUACUUUUUAGAUUCAUUUGACUGGGACCAUACACAUUCUAUACAUUUUAUAUUUACAUUUCGGUCAUUUAGCAGACGUUCUUAUCCAGAGCGACUUACAGCCAGUAAUCAACUUUUUUGCAAAUGUGACAGAUUCAGCCUAAAGGCUAAUUUCAAACAGAAUAUUAUGUUUGCUGCUGUUGUGGUUGUGUAUGUGUUUUUGGAUAGUAUGUCAGUUGUUGUUGUUGUUGUUUAGGAUGUGUACUCCUAUAAGGAGGUGGGCGUUCCCCUAAACAGGAUCUUCACAGUCAACCCCAAGGGAGAGCUGAUACAGGAACACGCUAAGACCAACAUCUCAUCGUAAGACCUCUCUGACUCUUACUUUAUCCCUCUAUCUUUUUCCCUCAUAUGUCAAUGUCUCUCUCUCCCUCAGUAGCUCUGUCUCUCUCUGUCUCUGUCUAUGUUUAUGAACAAUGAAAGUAAAUUAAGUGAAGUAUAUUUCUGUUCAUGUCCCUUCCAGGUAUGGUCGUCUGUGUGAGGUGGUGGACCAUGUCUUCCCCCUGUUGAUCAGAGGCCACGUCUCAGACUUCUCCUGCCCUGACACCUUCAGCCAGUUCACCUACUGGAGAGAACAGCUGCCCCAGAUCCACAGCCCCGACCAUCCCUUGGUCCACAGCCCCGACCAGCCCCUGGUCCACAGCCCCGACCAGCCCCUGGUCCACACCCCCGACCAGCCCCUGGUCCACAACCCCGACCAGCCCCUGGUCCACACCCCCGACCAGCCCCUGGUCCACAACCCCGACCAGCCCCUGGUCCACACCCCCGACCAGCACCUGGUCCACACCCCCGACCAGCACCUGGUCCACACCCCCGACCAGCCCCUGGUCCACACCGCCGACCAGCCCCUGGUCCACAGCCCCGACCAGCCCCUGGUCCACACCCCCGACCAGCCCCUGGUCCACACCCCCGACCAGUCCCUGGUCCACACCCCCGACCAGCCCCUGGUCCACAGCCCCGACCAGCCCCUGGUCCACACCCCCGACCAGCCCCUGGUCCACACCCCUGACCAUCCUCUGGGCAUCAGCUGUGGAGACCCACUUCCACAUCAGACCACCCCAUAA